UCUAACUACUGUUAGUUGUUCGGGGCUGUGGUUCCAACCCCACUGCAGCUUCACUAGGAGGAUAGCUGGGUUGUAGCUCAUCCACCCUGCUGUCUUGUCUCGCCAAAUAUGGCAAACUCUAGUACUUCAAAGCAGCCCAUCAAAGGGAUCUUAAAAAACAGAGGUUCCACUUCUUCAUCGGAGAAUGCCACUACUCAGGAAUCCAAAGUGCCUGGUCAAGAGGUGAAAAGGAAGAAAUCUCAAAAGUGGGAUGAAUAUAACAUCUUGGCGACCACCCACAAGGUCCAUGACUUCCGGAAGAUCAAGGAGCCAAGCACUGCGUAUGUCAGAGUGCCAGAGGAAGAAGAUCCAGUUUGUGAUAUAGAAGGAAAUGAGGCCGUGACAGUGGACAUGUUAGCUAAGAAAUUGGCAGCUGCUCAAACUUUUGAUCGUAACUAUCAAAUGGAAGAGCAAGAGAAAUGUGAGCCGCAUACCAGCAAGUUCUGCUUUCAAAACCAAGAAAAACAACGGCAAUUUGAAAUGAAGAGGAAGCUUCACUACAAUGAGGCACUGAACAUCAAGUUGGCAAGACAGCUUAUCUCUAAAGAACUACAGGAUGAAGAUGAAGAUGGCUGUGACAACGAGAAGCCACCACAUGACAAAUAAAAAAGACCAUCAUGGAAGCUCUUACCGAUUUUUUACGGUAGAGGUUCCUCCAGUUAGAACCAACAUCAUACUGUAACCAAUAUAAGACAUUUUCAUUCUCACCAUCUUCACUAAAAAACUCUGCAACCAUAAUGAACUGCUUGUUAGAAUGGAAUUGCAGUCCGGAACAACUUAAUCACUUAAGUUGUGCUGCAGAAAGUAAAUAGCAGUGUUUGGACAAUAAAUAAGUGGCAAAUGUC